CCGAUCGCUCAUUGGAAUCUCUUUCUAUCCAGAAUUCAGCCACCCACGCGCCCCAUUCCAAAGCCCCCCUCGGCCGUAAGACAGCAAGCAAAUGUUAUGAAAUGAGACUAUCCUACCGUAUCGGUACGGCCGCCCUCCUUAUCGUCGCCAUCUUCCUGAUCAAGCGCCACCUCGAUCUCGUCCAGGAUGAUUCGCGCGUCCAGUCCGGCUGGAGCUAUAACGGCGUAAGCGGCGGUUCGGGCUCGUCGGAACCCGCGGCCAACGACAAGAGCAAGGAUGCCACUAUCCCGGCCUCUAAGGAGGAACUCCCGGUGGUGGGAGGGGGGAAGAAGGAUCAAUCCGCCGCCGCGGCGGACGACAACGACGACGGUAUCGCGCUCGGGUCACGGCCGGUCUACGAAACCACUCCGAUUAUCGUUCCCAAUGACCGGGUGAUUGUCAUGGCCAAAUUGGCCGCGGAGGAUACAGCUUGGGUUAGCAACGACUUGGCGGACUGGCGCAAUUACAUCUACACCGUCGACGACGUCAAUGCCGCCAAACACACCCCCCAGAACAAGGGCCGCGAGAGUCUCGCCUACCUCCAAUAUAUCAUCGAACACUACGACGACCUCCCGUCGACGAUCGUCUUUAUCCACAGCCACCGCGACGGCUACCCGGGCGCCUGGCACACCGACACCAUGGAAUACAGCAACGUCGACUCGAUCCGCGCCCUGCAGACCGACUUCGUCCAGCGCAACGGCUACGCAAACCUCCGCUGCCAGAUGACUCCCGGCUGCCCGGACGAGAUCCGCCCCUUCCGCAACCCGCCCCAGUCGGGCCAGACCACCGAACGGGUCUACGCGGACGCCUGGGAGCAGCUCUUCAACAACACCGACGUCCCCGAGGUCGUCGCCGUCGCCUGCUGCUCGCAGUUCGCCGUCUCGCGCGACCAGGUGCUCCAGCGGCCCCUGAGCGACUACAUGUGGUUCUACGAGUGGGUGCUGACCACCCCGCUGUCGGACAAGCUGGCCGCGGGUGUGAUGGAGUACACUUGGCAUAUCAUCUUCGGACAGGAACCUGUCUACUGCCCCGAUUCCUACCAAUGCUACGAAGACGUCUACGGCAACCCCUACUUCUGGUGAUAGAUUGCCCUUUCAUCUCUCUUUCUCUCUCCCUCCCUCGCCGCGUCUGUACAGAAUACCCCUCCAAACCCCGUCCCUUUCUUCCUCUCCUCCCUUUUUGUCCCAUCUAUCAUCUACCUUGUAAUUUUUCUUUUCCCCAAUCCGCCGUUCGCCCUUCUCUGGUCCUGUAUCUGGCGACGACCUCACGCAACGUCUUCUAUCUAUACUUCGGUGGUGUUGGCUGUAUAUGUCUUGG